AAGACAGGACUUCCAACAUGGAUUCAUGGCAUUGGCAUGCUGUCUUCGCUGUUUGUAUUAUUAUUUGACAAUUGAUGUCUAAAUAAAGCAACAGAAUAGCCCCAAAUCCACUGCAUUCAUCUUCCUUCCUUCCUUCCUUCCUUCCUCUUUCUCGUUCUCUCUCUUACAAUUCAAUAAACAGAACCGACAAAAUCAAACCCACAAUUUGUGAUACCAUGCAUGCCAGAAAAGAACUUUCACACCCCUCCCAUGUCCCAUACCCUAUAACUUCCCCAUAGCCAGCAACCCUCCCUCCCUCACUCUCCAAUCCCCCAAGAGAGAGGGAGAGAGGAGAGAGGAGAGAGAUUGUUUGAUUUUGAUUUUGAUUUUGAGCUCAAUCUCAUUGUUUUUUUAAUUUAUUUAUGAGACAUUGUUGAAAUAGAGCACAGGACACGGUGGUCAAUCCUAUGCUCUGUUUUUUUAUUGGGUUAUGAAACAGAGCACACCUCAUCCCAACCCAAUUGGAUUCAAUGCGUUUCUCGUUCCCAAUAAUCCUUGAAUAUCUGAAAUGGGUCUUCCUCUUUUUCUCCAUUUUCUUCUUCUCUCCCUCCCUCUCCGACCCACGAACCUCCAUAGCCAAUCUCAUGUGUCAAACCACCAAUCUAACAGCUAACGGCAUUUUCUUCACAAAUUUCGUCAGUGUUAUGGAACAUCUCUCCCAACUCAUCACCAAACAACAAUGGGGGUACUAUUCAAUCCAAUCUCCUCCUCCAUCACCCCCUAUUUUCGGAUUUGCUCAAUGUCACAAAGAUCUCUCCGAAACCGAUUGCCAACUCUGUUUCGCUGAGGCUAGAACAAAGCUCCCUCGUUGCCUUCCUGCUGCUCGAGGCCGAAUCUACUUAGAGGGUUGUUUCGUUCGAUACGAUGACUACAAUUUCUUUGAAGAGAAUGUCAAUCAAAAGGAUGAUUUGGUGAAGUGUAGUCCCAUCACAAAACUUCUGAGCGAUCAGGAUAUACAGUUGGAGUUUGCAGAGAGGGUGAAGGAAGCUGUGAGGAAUGUUACGGAGACAGCCAUGUCGACGAGCAGGGGAGGGAUGGGGGAGGCUGAGGUGAAGGGUGGGAUGCCGGGUGCUUACGCGUUGGGGCAGUGUUGGAACACUUUGAAUUCCACAGGGUGUCAGGUUUGCUUGGAAGAUGCUUGGAAAGAUGUCAAGAAGUGUUUGCCUGGUGCUGAAGGGAGAGCUUUGAAUGCUGGUUGUUAUUUGAGGUACUCUUCUCAGAAAUUCUUUGGUAAUUGGGAAGAAGAGAAGAAUGGUUUUAAUGGUAAGGAAUCAAUCAGUAAUGCAAUAUUCUCUCCACAAAUGAAUAAUGGUUUUUUGAAAUUUGGAUGAAAGUUGUGGAUAUUUUCUGAUAGAUGUUGUUCUGUUGUGCUCUUUCCUAGCAUUGGUAUGUCUCAACUAGGUUUUUGGUUUUCAAACUAGAGUGAA